AACAGAACGGCGGCCAUCUUGGAUGUAGCGCGAUGUCGGUAAAUGACAGAUGCCGUCUGUGCACGGCGAACCUACGAAUAAAAGGCAACAUUACGCACAGCAAGCUGAUUUUUAACAGCGACGGCAGGCAAAAAAGCAUAGAGGAACGACUCAACGAGCUCGGUUUAAAACUAGUAAAAGUUCCGGAAAGAUCGUGCAGGAUAUGCUUGCGGUGUUUUCGCUCCAUCGGGAGACUGGAGGAGACUCUGGCAACUUUUCGAGAAUGGAAGAGAUCAGAAGAGCAACCGACCUCAGGACAGUCAACUUCGACGGCCGUGAGCGCCGAUGCGUGCACAGCCCAGCGGGACGGAGAGCCGACGGCCCCGAAACUGCAUUCCCAACCCCGAACACUUACUGCUCCCCCGGCUCCUAACCUGCUGAGACCAAUAACAGAAGACAGAGCGCGACGGAGUGUUACCGAGGUGGUUAUCCGUUAUCCCUCCAAGCCGAAGGGCGACAGGAUAGUGUGUCAGGACAGCACAGCAGGCAUAGUGGAGGCCAUCGCCAAGAAGAACUGGAGCAGGGCCGCCAACCAGCUCACCAGACACAAAGAACUCUUCGCAGCGCUCGGCGACAACAUCCUGCAGGUCAUAGAGGGCGAGUGCAAGAAGGUCUGCAGUCCCUUCGCAGACUCCACGCUGUCCAGGUCGUCCGCGGAAGAUCUGAAGGCCUUUUCAUUCCAGAGAUUGCAGGCCGACCUCCGGCGCGUGUCCCCGUUUCUGUUUUCGGUUCUCCUGCGCACCGCCAAGCAGUCUGCCAAUCACGCCUGCGCUGCGGCGGCCAUAGCUUUGAGAGGCAGAGAACCCCGCUUGUCGGCCUUCUCGUACUAUGUGAAUAGCGUCCUACAGUGUGCCGGGGUGAAGAAGAAGGCUUUUAAAAGACUCUGCAAACUGGGCAUCACGACUACCUACACUAGUGCUGUUAAGAAGAAACUGGAGCUGGCGAAUGCGGGCGCAAAGAACCUGGACGGAGCCAUGCAUACCAUGGAGCAGUUUGUCUUGUCUGAUGAACCAACGCAAAGCACUCAAGAGAACAUCACUGUCACUCAGCAGGCUAUCGGUCUCACCGCUACUACUAUAAAGAUGGAGCAGGAGUCGGAUGAGGAGCCGUGUGGAGCUCUGCAGAACGAAAUCCAUCUGGCCAGAGUCAGGGAGAAGAAGUGGGUGACGGUUGGAGACACGUCCCUCCGCAUCUACAAGUGGGUGCCGGUGACGGAGCCCAAAUCAGACGACAAGAACAAAAACAAGAAGAAGGGCAAGGACGAUAAAUACGGCUCAGAGCUGACGACUCCGGAGAACAGCUCCUCUCCGGGGAUGAUGGACAUGCACGAUGACAACAGCAACCAGAGCUCCAUCGCCGACUCGUCCCCAGUGAAACAGGAAAACAGCUGCAGCACCAGCCCCGCCCCGGAGUCCAACGCCGCAUCUCACCGUGACAACGGCGAGGCCAAGACUGAGCAGAGCCCAGACAGCAAGAGAGGGAAGACCAUCGCUUCAUCAGAGACCUCAGAGAGAGCACAAAGUGCCAAGAGAGACAGCCUGUCCUCAGGGGAGAAGGAGUCCUCAGACAGCAAAGCCACUCAGGAUCUACAGGAGGAGGCCCCGCCCAGCAAGAAAUGCAAACAGGAGUCCUCGUCUCAGGACUUUGAGGAGAGUUAAAUGGUCUGGGCUGAGUGGUUCUCUCCUUCACCUUCCUGUCUCCCUCCCUCUGUACCUCCUCCCAUUAACUCUAGAUGAUUUAGGGCUAAUGGACACACCGGCUCUCCUCUUAGAUUGUUUUUUUUUUAUCCCCCCCCCCCCCCUGCUCUUCAAAACCAAAGGGAGAAAGGACGUCUCCCUCCCUGAUUGCUGUCCCCCCCUCCCGGUUCGCCUCCUCUAUCUGAACGCUCCUCCUGCCACCGGGGGAGCGUGGAUGUUACCUCUGUUCACUCGUCCCCUCUGUGCUUCCUUCCAGUCCUCCACAUUUUUGCCAAGAGAAGCGCCAAACCCAAGCUUGGACCUGGGGGGGCGGGGAGGGGGGGCGACGCCGGCAGCUCAGCCCAGUCACCGCCGGGCCAGCACUCAGACCCCGACCUGCUCCUGUGACCAGAAGGACACGGCUCUUUGUCUCACUGCUAACGGUUUAGCUGAGGAGAAGUCAGGGGCUGACCUGGUCUCAGAUCAGUGGCUGUGGCCACGUCUCUUCAGUCCUCCUGCUAGACUAAUGUUCUCCUUUUGUUUAGGGACUGUUUAGUUAGUUCAGUUUUCUCCCUCAGGAGGGUCAAUGCACUGUUAUGGUAUGUCACAAUCGAUCACAGAUAGAUUUGCUGCUGUAGUGGAUGUCUUUUAUCUCUAUCAUGAAACCUUCUCCGUGUGUGUGUUUGUGUGUUUCCUAAAGUGAAUUAGCGGGCGGUUUUGUAGAGGAAGGGGCGCGACGGUACACGCUGACAUAACCCCCCCCCCCCUGGGGCUAAAUGGUGAGGACAGGUAUGGGUGGAGUGUCCUGGAGGUGUGUGCCUUGAGUUGAUCCGACUAACACGUUUUAGUUCAAGCAGGUUUGGACUUCACUUCUGGUGCCAUGUUUCGUUUCGCAUUGUUUUUUCGCCUUAUAACUGUCACUAAUUAGUUUUUCCAAUUAUUUAUAUUUAUCUCCACCUGCUAGAACACCCCCCCCC